AUGGCUGCACAAAAAGCAGCUAAAGCAGCAAAACAAGCAACCGUUGCCGUAGUGGGAGGAAAGAAAACAGACGACAUAAUCGGCAUCACAGUCUCGAAAGCUGAGAAUUUCUCAGGAUGGUACCAAGAGGUUGUUCUCAAGGCGGAGAUGAUCGAAUACUAUAAUGAGAUCUCUGGCUUCUUCAUUCUACGUCCGUCCUCGAUGUACAUCUGGAAUACCAUCCGCAAGUGGUUUCAAGAGCGCAUUGAGGCUUUGGACGUCGAGGAGGCUAGUUUCCCUAUGUUCUUGUCGUCAAAGUCUCUAGAGAAAGAGAAGGAUCAUGUUGAAGGUUUUGCUCCUGAGCUUGCUUGGGUCACAAAAGCCGGAGACAAAGAUCUCGAAGUCCCGGUCGCUGUUCGUCCUACCUCAGAAGCUGUCAUGUACCCGUACUACUCGAAAUGGAUUCGAAGUCACCGAGAUCUCCCACUGCGACUCAAUCAAUGGAACAGUGUCGUUCGGUGGGAGGCCAAGCAAACGACUCCUUUCUUACGAGCUAGAGAAUUUUUAUGGCAAGAAGGACAUACCGCGCAUUUAACUGAGGAAUUGGCUGGUGAGGAGGUUCUGCAAAUUCUCGAGCUGUACGCUGGUGUCUACGAGCAAUUGCUUGCUGUCCCAGUUGUUCGGGGCCGCAAGACUGAAAAGGAGAAGUUUGCAGGAGGAUACUACACCACCACAGUUGAAGGCUAUAUCCCCUCCAACGGCCGCGGCAUCCAAGGUGCAACAUCGCAUUGCCUAGGCCAAAACUUCAGCAAGAUGUUCGAUAUAACGGUCGAGGACCCUGCUCCCAAGGCUGGCGACAAGGCCAAGCACAUCCAUGUCUGGCAAAACUCCUGGGGUCUGUCUACACGAGUUAUUGGCGUUAUGGUCAUGAUCCACGGUGACGACAAAGGGCUCGUCCUUCCUCCGCGCAUCUCCAAGCUCCAAGUUGUCAUUAUCCCCGUCGGCAUCAACAAAUCUACCACUCCCGAAGACAAAGCCAAGCACUACGACCAACUGCAAGAGCUGAAAGAAACCCUCAAAAAAGCUGGCGUGCGCGCUGACUACGAUAUCCGCGACGGGUACACCCCAGCCUGGAAGUUCAACGACUGGGAGCUGAAAGGCGUCCCCUUGCGUCUCGAGUACGGCCCCAAGGAUGCUGCGAAAUCCGUCGUGUCCUUCGCUCGUCGUGACACCGGUGAGAAAGGCACAAUCUCCAUCUCGGAGAUCGGAACAGAGAUCCCUACCCUGCUGGAAACUAUCCAGAGCGAUAUGUACAACAAAGCUGAAGCCUCCUUCGCGGCCCACCGCAUCGUGAUCUCGAAGUGGGAGGAAGUGGUCCCUGCUUUGGACGCAAAGAACGUAGUCCUGAUCCCGCAUUGCUUGAAGGAGAAGUGCGAGGACAAGGUUAAGGAUUUGACGACUGGGAAACAGGAGGACGCUGAGGCAGGAGAGAUGAAAGCACCGAGUAUGGGCAUGAAGAGUCUUUGUAUCCCGUUCAAGCAGCCUGAGAAGCCGAAACUUGUUAAGGGGGAGACGAAGUGCUUGAACCCUGAAUGUGAGGCGUUUGCGGAGGCGUGGUGCAUGUUCGGCAGGAGUUACUAG